AGGUGGCUUUUAAAUUGAUUCCGGAGACAACGAAGGACUGAUGCCGUAAUCGUGAAACUGUAAAGCUGGUUUUAUAUAUCCAAUAUAAACAGUAUUAAAUUUCAGAGGGCAAUAACUUUUUUUAAGAAUUAGGGACGUUUAUACCAGUCUAAAGAAAGGCACGGAUCUAGCUGGUGACGGCCAGUCUUUGGAGGCUGGCGUCCAACAAUAUAUGCCUUUGAUCUUUUUUUAAAAGGAAACAACAUGAAGAUACACGAUUUUCAGGUCAUUUAUUGGAUAGUUGGUACGGUGAUAUCAAGCGUCGAUUCCGCCACUAAAGACGAUCGUUAUAAAUUAUAUACUGAAAUAUUUCGUGACAGUGUAUACAAUCCACAUCUCCGACCCGUUGAAAGCGAUACAGAUGCUUUAGAGGUAUCGGUAGUCUUCUCCUUGGUUUCUAUCAGCGAGGUUAAGGAAAAAGAUCAAACACUGGUGGCAUUUGGUUACAUGGGUCUUAAAUGGACGGACACUUUCCUGGCAUGGGAUUCAGGUAGAUUUAAUGGAUUGGAAGACAUGGUUGUACCACAGUUCAAAAUCUGGAGACCUGAUGUGGUAAUUGGAAAUAUGGUGGAGAAGACCAAGGAGUUAGGAUUUGAUGGCAUGCCAAUUCGACUCACCAGAACCGGCGAUGUUUAUUGGUUCCCAAAUAUUCUAUUCCAAACAGCAUGUGAUAUAAACAUUAAAUAUUAUCCGUUCGACACUCAAGUUUGCACAAUUGAGUUGAAUCCCCUAGUAUCAAGUUUCGAUGAAAUAAAGCUGCGCCUUGAAGCUGGUCAAAACGCAUUAGACGAGUAUGGGCCAAAUGGACAAUGGGAGCUUGUAAAUCUUUCUAUGAAAGAAACGAAAGAUCAGUUCAAAUCUAUAUUGAAAUUUGAACUGACUUUAAAACGUCGUAGGUCGUUCUACAUCAUGAACAUCAUUUUGCCGGUUAUUUUUUUGUCAUUCAUGGGAAACUUAGUAUUUGCGUUGCCGGCAGAAUCUGGUGAGAAGAUGUCCUUAACUAUCACCAUUCUUUUGGCUUACGUCGUUUAUCUGACCAUCAUUAGUGAGAACAUGCCUCAAACAUCGAUUCACAUUUCAUUGCUUGCGGUUUACCUGACAAUUCUUGUGGCACUUAGUGCUAUAUCUGUAAUCAUCACAACAUUAGUGUUGCGACUUCAUCACAAAGAUGAUUCAAUCCCUGUUUCCAAAGGAAUUGGCAAUGUAACCAAUUUUUUUCUGUGUCGCCGUCGCUGUUCUUCGAAAAUGGUUAACGUCCAUAACACAGUGGUAACUCCAGUCAGCACCGAAAACGUUGAAAAUACUCAAGAUUCCGUUCAUAUUGUGACUUGGAAAGAUGUCGCCAGGUUGUUGGAUGCUUUUUUCUUCUGGUUGUAUCUAGUAGUAACAUGUUUAUCAACAGCUGUUCUUUUGGUGCUCAUGCUUACAUAGAGACAUGUAGAGAAGAAUGUUAUGUCGGUUUGUUCCUCCAUUUAAUCUAUAGUUGAUGCUCUACAUAUUCAUAUUUAAUCUAUAGU